CUCAUUUAAGAUUCUAACCUUAAAAUUGUCCCCAUAAACAUAAAUCAAAAAUGGGCACCAAGAAUGGCGAAAAAGACGAAAACUCAAGAAAUUCUACAAAAUCAAAACCAACUUUCGGUAGCGCCGCCCUGCUACUCACCUUGGGAGCUCUUUUGCGGUUUAUUAUAAUGAUUUCUAAGUACCAGAUCAUCAUUUCAAACCACAUAGAGGUGUCCACACCUUUAAGCUCUUGGAAGAGAGUUUUAGAAGGCAUUUUCCUAUUUUCUAAAGGAGUGAACCCCUAUGAAGGAGACUUAUUACAUGAAACGCCGUUGGCCAUACAUAUCUACAAAUAUAUACUUGAAAAUGUAUUCAGAAAUGUUCAUCUAAUGUUUAUUGCUUAUGAUCUUGGAACUGGACUGUUGCUUUACUUUUCUGCCCUAAAAUAUGUCAAGGACCUGGUAGAUGAGCACAGGAAUAAAGACAAAUUCAGCAAAGAUAUGUGGGAACAUCUGCCAAAUGAAGAUUUCAUGCGAAGGUUGCCAGUUUAUGUACUAAUGGCUUUUUUGUUUAAUCCCUACAGCAUACUUGGUUGUGUUGGACAUUCUACUGUAGGCAUACACAAUUUCUUUCUGUCUCUAUUUAUUUUUGGAAUGGUUUAUGGAAGUGCAAUAGUGAGCAGUGCAGCACUGGCUCUUUGUGCCAGUAUAUCCUUUUAUCCAGUUAUUUUAAUACUGCCUUUAGCAAUCUAUUUUGUAAAGAUUCAUGGUUGUUAUAAACAAUCUGCAUUAUCUGUAGUUUGCUUUCUGAUAUCUUUGUUGUUAAUAACUAUGUAUAAUAGUAACUUUGGUAAAGACUUUACCUUUGUAAGGAAUGUGUAUGGGUGCAUACUAACAGUACCUGACCUUCAACCAAAUAUAGGACUCUUUUGGUACUUUUUCACUGAAAUGUUUGAUCAUUUCAGGGAUCUUUUUAUCUACUCAUUCCAAAUAAAUGCAACAAUUCUUUAUUUAGUGCCACUUUCAGUCAGAUUUAGAAACACUCCAUUUAUCCUCACAUUUGCUUUGCUAUUUUUAAUAACUAUAUUUAAAUCAUACCCCUGUCUAAGCGACUUAGGCUUUGUCCUAAGCUUAUUGCCAAAUUUUUUACAUUUAUUCCCAUUUUGUCAGCAAGGAUUUAUUAUAGGAGUAAUGCUUUUAAUGACAACUUGUUUGGCUCCAGUAUUAUGGCAUUUAUGGAUCUACAGUGCCUCUGCAAAUGCCAAUUUCUAUUUUGGGGUGACCCUUGCACAUGCAAUAGCUCAAAUAUUUUUGGUGACAGAUGUAUUAUUUACUCAGACAAAAUGGGAGUACUUGUUAAAACAUGGAAAAGAUACUAAAAUUGAUGGAGAAAAUGGUAUUUUAACCUUAGAGUAAAGUAGGCUAGUCAGAAAUGAGGACUGUUAGGAAUAAGGAUUGUUGUAUUUUUUUGUAAUAUAUUGCUUUUUUAUUAAAAAAAUAUGUGUGUAUACUUGUUUACUAUGCUACCCAAAUAAAUUUAAAUGGAAGUGAUACUCUUGUAACAAAUUUAAGUAAAUACAAUUUGAUGAUGUGUG